CCCGGAAGUGGGGCAUCCGAGAGUCGCAUCCGAUUUCCGGCAAUAUGGCGGCGGCCUGAGAAAUGGUCCCGAUUAAUUCCGACUGAUCGUAGGGAUGACUGGUUGACGGCUGCCGGCCCCGAGUCGAUUGGAGUCGGAGCGUGUGUUUGGGGUUCGGCAGUCCAUCUGUUGGGUUCCCCCAUCCCGGCAGCUAUCUCUCGCCCCGGAGUGUGGGGAGCCCACUCUCACAGUUACCAAAUGGGGAGGUGGGAUAUGAGCAGCCAGUGGGAAGAGCGGGCUGGAGACCUUAUCUGGAACUAAGGAACCCCUCCCUUGGGCAGCUUUAAUUCAGUGUAUACUCUGCUGCUGUAUGCUGUACUUCUACAUUUGUAUGGAGAGCACAUGAAUACUAAGCAUGUCCCUACAGUUUGGUGUGGAGAUGAUGAGCAGGUUUACCUGCAUGUCACACGUCAGCCCAGAGAAGCUCUGUUUGCACCCGUUUUUGUGCAGGUUGAUGCGUGUCCCAUUGUGUACAGCCAAAAGGUUUUUUUUUUUUAUGUCGAAAAUACUUGUGUUGCCGUCAAAAUGCAUGAAGUGGCCACAACAGUUUCCUCUGCAGAAAUGUCAAGUCCACCUGUGGCUGAAAGUUGGUGUUAUACCCAGGUCAAAGUGGUCAAAUUCUCCUACAUGUGGACCAUAAAUAACUUUAGUUUUUGCCGAGAAGAAACUGGUGAAGUUUUAAAAAGUUCCUCAUUUUCAUCAGGACCUAAUGAUAAACUGAAAUGGUGUUUAAGAGUGAAUCCAAAAGGUUUAGAUGACGAGAGCAAAGAUUACUUGUCCUUGUAUUUACUUCUUGUCAGUUGCCCAAAAAAUGAAGUGCGGGCGAAAUUCAAGUUUUCUUUACUUAACUCCAAGAAUGAAGAGACAAAAGCCAUGGAAAGCCAGAGAGCCUAUCGCUUCGUUCAGGGAAAAGACUGGGGUUUUAAGAAAUACAUUAGACGAGAUUUUUUACUUGACGAAGCUAAUGGCCUGUUACCAGAUGAUAAGCUUACACUGUACUGUGAGGUGAGUGUGGUCCAAGACUCCAUAAACAUAUCGGGCCAGUCCAGCUCGAACAAUCUAAAAGUACCGGAGUGCCGACUAGCAGAAGAUAUGGGAUAUCUAUGGGAAAACCGAAGAUUCACAGACUGCAGCCUCUUUGUAGAAGGGAAGGAAUUUAAGGCCCAUAAAUCUAUUCUUGCAGCUCGCUCUCCUGUAUUUAGUGCAAUGUUUGAGCAUCCCAUGCAAGAAAGUAGAAAGAAUAGGGUGUACAUCCGUGAUGUGGAUCCUGAAGUGUUUAAAGAAAUGAUGAGAUUCAUUUACACGGGAGGCACACCUCAUGUGGACAAGAUGGCAGAUAAAUUGUUGGCAGCAGCAGAUAAAUAUGCACUGGAAAGACUUAAAGUCAUGUGUGAAGAGUCUUUGUGCAAUAACCUCACAGUGGAGAAUGUUGCUGACGUUCUUAUUCUCGCAGAUUUGCACAGCGCUGAACAGCUGAAAGCACAAGCUAUAGACUUCAUUAACAGAUGCAGCGUUCUGGGCCAAUUGGGAUGCAAGGAUAGAAAAAAUUGCAAUAGCAACCAAACAAUGGACAUAAUGGAAACAGCUGGCUGGAAAUCCAUGAUCAAAUCCCAUCCGCACUUAGUAGCAGAGGCCUUUCGAGCUCUCGCUUCCGCACAGUGUCCUCCUUUUGGAAUUCCAAGAAAGCGGCUAAAACAGUCGUAAAAAAUUCCCUUUGGAUUUAUUGAACCUUAUAGACUUCACGACUCGGUGUUCAGAACUGAUUUACUAAACAAGCAGAUGAACAUGUACUUUUGUUUUGUUCUCCGCAUUCACUCUCCGGUUUUACUCACCCCAUAGAAGAAAAAUAAGUGUUUCUUAUCAAAUGGAAGCCACACUUUCACAUCUGACUGGUUGCCCUUGAAUUCACUGAAUGGCCUUAAAAUCUCCAAGUGUUCCGUUCUAAAUUGUCUUACCUAUGUCAAGAUUUUCUGACCGCCCACCACUUAUUUUUCUUAAAGGGGUUCUCCAUCCAAAACAUGUUCAUGCAUAAUGAAAGAAAAUACUAUUCUAAUUAACAUUCCAAUAAAGAUUAAUUACAUAUUUUUUCAGUGGUUUUAAAGCAUUGUUGCCUUUGCCUUUCUGUUCUCUGCACAAUUCUCACUCUUGAAACAAUGCAGCAGAAGUCAGCUGGGUAACGGUCCUGGAGCUAAACUGACUUCUUCUGCAAGAAUUCAAACCUGUAGUGUAGAGAAAGGAAAGGGACAGACCAAUACUGCUUCCAGGACCCUUCCUGUUCCAGCACGAUAAUGAUCCGUUUAUAAAGUAAGGUCCAUACAGAACUGGUCUGCAGAAAUGGGAGUGGAAGAACUUGACUGGCCUCCACAGAGCUCUGGCCUUAACCCAAUGUAACACAUUUGGUAAUGAACUAGAAUGGCAACUGUGACUUACCACCAAACCUCUUUGGUGUAAAUAAAGGCAAAUCUCACCAACAUUGUUUUAAGGUUUUCUAGUGGAAACCUCCCCAGAAGAGCAGAGAUGGUUACAGAAGCAAAAAGAGGAACAACUUCAUAUUAUUCCCCUUGGUAUUGGAAUGAGAUGCUGGACAGAUGGGUGUCUUGUAUUUUUAUAAAUCACUUUAAAACAUUUUUAAUCAAUUGACAUUGGAAAGUUACUUUGAUUGCAUUUUCUUUCAUUAUGCAGAAAAAAAACCCUUUUGAGUGGUCAUCCCUAUUAUAAAAACUGAGUUUUGUCAGUUACCAGGCUAUACUAGAUUGCUCUAACUCCAUAUUGAAAAAUAGGCUUCUCUAACACAUGGUGUUCUGUUCCUCAGUGAUUCUGUCAGGCUCAGGUGUACAUUUAAAGAGAACACUUAGUCAAAGAGAGAGAGAGAACAAUUUAAUUGCAAAAAAAAAAAAAGCCAAUGCCUAAGGCUCAUAGAACACUUAUUCUCCUCCUCAGCCUGAAAACCGCUUGUGGAGAUUUUCCUGGAUGUGCCAUGAGCUUGAAAGUCAAGUGCUGCCUAGUGCACAACCCAAAGCAGAUGUUCAAGUUUAAUGUCCCUCUGUUUUUAUUUUCAGUUUUGUAUAGUCUAAAUGCUGUUCUCCAAUAUUUCCAAUGCCCUUCUUUGACUUCAGCAUGAUCAGCCUUGGUCUUAAGGCUCAACUAGUAUAUGAUCUCUGGCCAAACAAUAUAAGCACUUUCAAAAAGAAAAAAAAAAACGUUAUUUGUUUGACCUAAAAUGUUUUUUAAAAAUGCAAAUGAGAUGGGCAGUAUGACGUAAAUACUAAAUGAUUAGGUUGGUAUAAAAGACCAGGGUUAGCAUUGCAUAUUUCAGUUGAAAGUUGUGCUAAAGAGUGAUAGCACUGACAAUAAUAUCAAGUUUCUCAGUUCAAGGCUAUAUUUGCAGGGUUGUUUUGGCACAAGAACAAGUUUAUUUUUUAAGAGCAUUUGACUCAUUUCUUUAGGUUGUGGCUAAACAACCUUAUUUUUCAAAUAGAAAUAUUGGGGGGUAUUUCAUUUUGGAAGAUACUGAAAUACUUCCUUAUUGACCCACAGCAACUAGUCAGCUGCUUAAAUAACCUUCACUGACCCUUAUAUGGCUGUAAGCAUAUAAAUUCAUACUACAACAUACUCAGUAUUUUAUUCAAUACAAGACGGUCAGAUAUAUUCUUUUUUCCUGCAGUCAUGGAAGAUAUCCAAUAGACAGCCAAAUGAACGCAUCAUAAAAUUCGAGUACAAUGAGAAUAUUUUCUAGUUAAAAUGCUUCUAUAAAGAAAAAGGGCAUAGAUAAAGGCAUGCAAGGUUUAGACCUGCCAGGCUUCUAACAACCCAUUGAAACACAGCUAUGAUUAAUAUUCUUGUGCUUUGGUUAGUUUUCCAUGUGGUUGGUUAUAGUAAGCAACCAUUCUUUUCUUUAAGACACAAAAGGAUUGAUUAUGAUUGAGAAUGUCUCGUUCUUUUUGAAAUUUAUUGGAUCCACUGAAAUUGUCCAUGGCCGACUUUGCAGUUGAUACCUUAGGGAAUGAUAUAUAACAAUUGAGGGGUGUAUCAGCCUUUGAAUUCAAUUAUAGUGUGUCAGUCCUUAGAUAGGUCAAGUUUAGGUUAUGUUCCCCAUUCCCACAGAAAUUACAGCUGAAAGUGAAUUUUCUUCCCUAAAUUAUAUAAAAGAUGACAGCAGAAAGCAAAGGUACUUAAAUUGCGUGAGAAGUAGAUUUGUAAUGUCUCUACGGGUUAUGGCAGGUGGGGGCUUAAUUGUAUGCGGGCAGCAAAGUGCCCAAAAAUAGCUUAAUGUAAACAGGAAUCGCCACAUGAUGUCAAGGUGUUUUUGGGUGCGUUGCAACUCGAGAAUGAGGUGACUUCUCACCAGCAUCAAAGUGCCCUGUCUAUCAUUGUCCUAAACCAGAUCUUAGUUGCCUAUUUAAACCAGGAAAUCUGAAUGCAAGCAAAAAAUGUUCCUCCUUGGAACAAUGUAGAAAAAAUAUAUGUUUGGGCUAAGAUACAGUUUACCCCAGGCUUUCUGUAGCACUGUAGCAGGAAUGUUUAAGUAAUGUCCUUCAUCAGGUCUCUGACAAGCAGAGCGUUCAGUGUUCUCCGUCUUCAUAACCGUUAACAUUGCUUAAAAAAAUGGAUUCAUGCUAGGUCGAAUUACAUUAGCGUCCCUUUAAGAAGACAUAUUUGGCCAAGUCAAAUGCAAAAGUCCCAAUUGUAGAUGUUAUGUUAAAAUGGUGCAUUAAAGUGGAAAUGACCUUGAAAAGCCAUGUCGAAAGCUACUAACCUUGCUGUAUCAAAUGUGAAAGUUUAAGCUUACCUUUAAUCUCUGGUUUCCGUUGCAACUCUUAAAAUCGCCUGCAUGUAAAAUUUCCAUCCUUCAUGGCUGAUUAGCAGUUAAUUUAGAUGCUGACUGAACUGCAUUAUGUGCAGUCAUGCAGUCUGCAUCUUAAUCAGUUGCCAAAGUAAGUGGAUCCCGUUAGCCGGUUUUACAGUGAUAGAGUGGAAACCACAUAUUAAUCAUUUGUAUUUAUUAUACUAAUAUGGUGACUGUUAUGCUCACAUUGGUAAAAGUCAGCAUCAUGUGAAUUGUAACGUACAUUUAUAUAUUCUUCCAAGUCUUUUCUGCAUUAAGGGAGACCUUAAGCCUAAAAAUGAAUAUGGCUAGAAAUGCUGUAUUUUAUAUACUGUUCCAGCAGAGAGAUUCAGCAACAUCACAGUAAUGAUCCAGGCAUUCAAAGUUAUCCACAAAAGGUCGCCAUCUUGGAUUGUGUUAGGCCAUCUUUUCAGUUACAGUGGCAUUGCACAUGCUCAUUGUGUUCUGGGCUACUAUUAAAGGAAAAGGGUUGAUCUCUGGGGGGUUGCCAGAUGUUAGGUAAUCACUAACCCGAUACCCCUGGUAACCCAAUCAACUACUACAGAAAUAAGUGAUUACAAUCACUGAGAUGUGCCAUUUGGCACCCCCCCCCCCAGUGAAUGUGACUUUCCUUCUCCUUUAAGAAGAUAAGCUUAGAGGUUGUCUAAAACGAUGAAGCAGAAAAUUAGUUUACAGCCGUCAUAGAAGCUGGUGCUGCAGGGCUGAUUAUUAAUUCUGAUGGUUUCUAAACUGUGACUGAAUUAAUUACUAAUUUGCAAUGACUUUUAUAUAACAACUUGUGAAUUAGUCCCUUAGCUCAGGUAAAUGAGCUACUGGAUGCGUCUUCAGCAGCUCAGAUCUCCUGUGCCAAUGGGCUGCAGUUGCUUUGAUACGCAUUAGUUGCAAUGUGCUGGAGAAAGGGUUAACGCACUGCUUAAGAAUAAAAACAAUUGUACAUAGAAAUAGAUCCAGAGUUCUGUGUCUCCUAGUUACCAGGGACUUCAAAUGUAUGCAAUUAAAGGCCAUCAGUUUGAAAUUGAGUUCUUACCUAAGAGACAAAGUGCAGAUAUCAACACAUAGGGGUAUAUUUAUCAAAGAGUGAAGUUAGAGAUCACCCCAGUCCUCUAGAGUGAAAUUCCGCCACUCUCCAUUCUUUUGUAUGGGAGUUUUGAAAGGUGUAUUUAUCAAAGGAUUAACUUUCACCCAUUGAUAAAUACUCUUUUAAAAAUCCCAUAGAAAUGAAUAGAGAGUGGCAGAAGUUCACACUUUGAUAAAUAUACCCCAUUGACAGGACUGACCCCCCCCCAGUUUUUCUUUUUGGGGUUGUAUCCCAUUCCAAUCCUUAUCAGAACAUGUUGUUUUCCCUCUAAUUGGUUCAUUUUGGAAGCACUACGAGGGAUUUCUGAAUUAUGUGUGACAGUUGCAAUAUAUUCAUGUGGCAAACCUGUAUUUGGCUUUGGCCAGAUUAUAGUGGAACAUUAUACCUUGUUAUAAAGGUGCAUUAGAAGCUCCAUAUGUCAAAUUGCACAGAGCCUGCUAUAAGAAAUAUGCCGAGAGAAAAUCCAUUUCAGGUUGAUUGAAUAUACUUGAAAUAUGGAAGUUUAAUAAAUAUAUAUAUAUAUAUAUUUUCAGUGUCUGUUAUUUUCAAGUUUAAAACAAACAUUUUGUACCAAAAAAAAUGUCAAACACUGUGCUACUAUGUAAGUUAAUGUAAAAUUGUUAAUCAGUUUGGCUGCGUUACCAAGAUGCUUGUGGCUUAAAAUGUUAUUUUAUGGUCAAUGAUAUUUUAAGUCUUCUGUUGGCUGUUUGAGAAAUUUAAAAACAUUGUUGUCUUUCGA